AUGGUGGCUGCCAAGAAACAGAAAAAGACCAUCGAGUCUAUAAACUCACGCCUGGCGUUGGUUAUGAAGUCUGGCAAAUACUGUCUGGGGUACAAACAGACUUUGAAAACUCUUCGUCAAGGCAAGGCCAAACUGGUUAUCAUCGCCAAAAAUGCUCCUCCUCUAAGGAAAUCAGAGAUUGAAUACUACGCACUCCUGGCUAAGACUGGCGUCCACCACUAUAGCGGAAACAACAUUGAGUUAGGUACAGCUUGUGGAAAAUACUAUCGAGUAUGCACACUGGCCAUCACUGAUCCUGGUGACUCUGACAUCAUCACCACUCUGCCCGAGACGCAGGCGUAG